AUGGUUGUCGCAGAAGUUCCUCUCUGGGUGGUUCAUUCGAACAAUGCUUCUGCCUACGAAAAGUCCAAGAAACCGAGCAAUGAUGGACCGAACAGCGCAUCCGCCAACCACAGCGGCAGCGACCAUCAUCAUCAACAAAGAGCCAAGGAUUCAUUAGCUUUAUUGGAAGGUCUGGGUGGUGCUUCCAAGGCUUCCAUUUACAGUGUGGACAUUCAUCCCGAUGGGACCAAGUUUGCUACUGGAGGAGGUGACGGCAAGGUCCGUCUGUGGAAUUCUAGUGCCUUGUUUGCUCCUGCCAAAUCCAAAUACUCCAAAGGGGGGAAUUACGAAAGCAGCGGCGAAUCAUCCUUUGAAGAUAAUGAUAAUAAUGGUGCUGCUGGAAAUGAUAUACAGAGCAAAGACGGUAAUAAUUCCAGUAGCUCCUCUUUGGAUGGUCAAGCAGGUCUAGUUCAUGACUUGUCCAGUAUGGUUCGAAAGAAAAAGAACGGAUCGUCGUCGGCGGCAGCAUCUUCCCAAAAGACGACACUUCCACAACAAGAAAAGACAUCGAAUCAAUCAUCAUCAUUAGCAGCAGCAGCUGCUGCAACAGCUACUACUACCAAAAAUCCACUAACUUCUUCAUCACAUCGCAAAAGUCAUCAUCAUCAUCAUCAUCAGCAUCGACUGCUUUGUACUCUUUCGGCACACACGGGAUCCUCGGUGUUGGCGGUGCGAUUUUCCACCAGCGGUCAAUAUCUUGCCAGUGCGGGAGACGAUGCGGCCGUUUGCAUUUACGCCAAAUCUUCCAACGCUUCUGGCAACUUGGAUUCGUCCGUGGAACAAUGGAAUCGCAUCAAAUUGUGUCGGGGACAUGCCUUGGAUGCCGUGGGAUUGGCCUGGGCACCGGAUGAUUCCCAUUUGGUCAGCUGUUCUUUGGACAGCAAUGCCCCCAUUAUUGUGUGGAAAUUGACCGAUUUGGCUACUGUAGGCGUAACGACGCAUUCCAAUGUCUUGCAGAAUCCUUAUAAAAUUUUGGGCAAGGGACUGCACACAUCGACCGUCAAGGGUGUGACCUUUGAUCCUGCCGGAACCUAUUUGGCAAGCAGUGGAGAUGAUCCCAGUGUCUGUAUUUGGCGGGCUCACGAUGAUUGGGGGUUGGAAAAGAGGAUUGAUGCCAACGAUGGGAUCUUUCGGCGAUGGAAGGAAAAUGAUUCCCAAUCGUUGUCCAGUCAGAGCAUGUUUCGACGUCUCUCGUGGUCGACGGAUGGAUCCUACAUUUGCAGCACCAAUGCGGUAGUCAAAAACAAGCAUGUGGCAUCCACAAUAUCACGAGAGGGUUGGGCCGUGAGCAAUUCCAAAUCGAGUAGCGCGUCGGGGGCGGCCAAUCUGGUAGGACACAAACAACCAGUGGUGGUGUGUCGGCAUUGUCCACUCUUGCUCAAUGGAAAAAGUAAUAAUAAGGAUAGCAGCAACGAAGAGGAUGAUGAUGAAGAUCCAGAAUAUGGAAAUCUACUGGCAUUGGGGGACAAACGGGGAUUUGUAACAGUCUGGAGUACGCGAAAAUCCAGGCCGGUCUUCAAGAUACAAUGUUCGGAAACGAGAUGCACCGUUACGGAUAUGGCAUGGGGGAAAAUACAGAGCGAUUUAAUGCUCAUUGUGUCAUUGUUGGAUGGUCAAGUGGUGGCACUGCGAUUUAGUUUGCCCCAAGAGCUGGGAAGAGUGCUAAAGCCAAAAGAACAGGCUAAGGUCUUUCAAAUGCGGUAUGGGAUUGACAUUCACGAAAUGGGGGAUAUGGGCGAACGCCGGUUGUUUGUGGGUGAGAAUUCGGGUCCAAAGUUCAUCGAGAAUGCCUUGCAGCUGGAUCUGGAGGAUGAUGACGACGACGAAGGAAAUGGAGGUGGUGACGACAAUAAUAAUGAUGACGACGACAACAACAACGACAAUAUGAGCGAAGAUAGUGCCAUGGGAGGAGAGCAGCAGGCUGGCAACGAGAAUCCUUCUGCCGACCAAAUAAGAGCGACGCAAAUCGUGGCCCGAUCGAAGAAUGGAAAGAAGCGAGUGCAGCCACUAUUGAUGACGACUACUGCAAACUCAGGUUCUUCGGGCGUAAAGAAGCAAAAGCUUGCAAACGGUGGUAAUUCCUCCUCCAGCAAUGGCAAGAAAAAGACAGACACGCUAAAAGAUGCAAUGGAGUUGGCAGAAAAGGCCGCGUCGGGUGCAGAAGCCGCAACCACCACGCAGCCAGUUCCUGCAAACCGGGUUCAAAGAGAAAUUUCUGGGGAAGGAUCGCAGAGCGGUCACCACCACAACCAACAUACGGCGCAUUCCAAUGUCAGUCAGCACAAUCACACCCACUUGAUUCAAGGAAUUGCAGCUGCUGCUGCUGCUUCUUCACCACAGAUCCCAUACAGCACUAACAGGGUACAUUCGACGGACCUUCCCUGUUCGGAAUCUGAAGAUAGCUUUGUUGCCGACUGCACCAACUCCACACAAGUUCCAAAUGGAUCCACUAGCAACCCAUUGCCGUGCACGAUGCUCUCGAUCAGCAGUAAUGGAAAGAAAAGGUGGUUUGAUCAACUUCCUGGAACAUCAUGCUCGAGUAUUGCAGCAUCCGAACGGCUCUUAGUCGUGGGGACGGCUGACGGCUCUGUGCAUUUGUACGGGACAUCACCGUCUAUGGGUUGGUCAAGUUGUACAGCCUUUCGAUCACAUCCACCAUUCAUUCUUGGUCGCCCCAUUGUGACAGUGCAGAUUCAUAAGAAAGAAGCUUCGGAUACCAAUGCUACGGAACGAACGGAUAUCCUUGUGGUUACAGCAGAUGGGUCAUUCGGAGUGUACAGUGUAAUACCAGAGCUGAGGCUUCGAUUCAAGGGAACCAUCAUGCCACCAAUGACGCACAUGCUACUGGCUUCCAACAUGUCCACCGAGAUCCAUCUCCCUCGUUUGGCUCGUCUGCAGUUGACAGACACAGACCGUCUGCUGCUUUUGCUUUCAUUGCAAUCAAAUCAAGGAGGAUCAUUGGCACAGGACAAUUCAAAUGGCAACAAACAUCUACCAUCAGUCGGUGUAGGAGGAUCCCUUCAGGCGUUUGUAUAUAGCGAAGCGGCCGAGUUAUGGAUGCGAGUUGCGGAUGGUCGUUUUGUGUUGUCUGAUUUCUACAGCACCUUGCCCCUAUCAAAACGAGCAAAGAGUGCCAGCGGCGAGCUUUCAAAGUUGGAGGACGCUGUUCGAAUGGGAGCCAAUUCGAGCACUCUAAAAGCUGGUCGCAGAGGACGUUCACAUGGACAUGCUGAUUCCAACUACAACCAAACUCGUGACGAAUCGGGAAAUGAUAUCGCGACACGAUCCCAUUGCGAGGAUCGUAUGGCGUGUGCAUUGGCAUUGGGGUCUGCAGCCGAAUUCAAGCAUUGGUUAUCUAUGUAUGCUAGGACGCUGGCUAUGUGUGGAUACGAAUCUAUGCUUCGUGUUCUGGUGGAUAUGCUCUUGGGAAACGUCACGAGCACAAGCUCGGAGAACGGAGCAGCAGCCUCCAAUAGUCUUUGUUGGUGGCUCUCGAAUGCGUCAAAUGUCUUGGAUUUUAACCGCAAGAAGCUGGUUACCUCCAUCGUGAUUCCAGAAAUGAGCAAGAAUCGAGCUCUGCAGCGAAUCACCAACGAGAUUUCAGUAGAAGUAAAAGCUUUACCAUAG